AAUUCUUUGAAAUGAACUGUCCGACAGAACCGAGUCACUGAAAUUAACCACUCACUUCCUAGUAGUGUUAUUGGCGGAAGUGACGCAGUCCUUACGCGACGCGAGACGUUAGCCGCGCUUUAUCCGGGAAAAUUCAAACUAGUUUACAUGGAUUUUGAUGAGAACAUGGACCACUGUGGGGCUGUAAACAUUUAGUCUGUCUUUCCUCUAAUACAAUAAUGUAUCAUCCACUACAAGACUAUUUCAUCGCUCCUGAAGCCCCUGAGCAUGGUGACAUGAUCACACCAGUCAAAAUCAUACCUAAAGCAGCUCACGAUUGGACAACUGGGUCAGGCAGAAAGAUUUCAAACCGAGAUGUGUUGGUGAUGAACUCCACUGCACAGAAUGCUGAAGAAAAUAGCUCAAAUAUCCCCUGUGAGAUCAGCAGCAUCAAUGCCACGGUGGAGGUCGCCCCUCAAGACAAAGCUGACCUGAUGCUGAAGAGAUGCACUGAGACGCCAGCAAAGAUUUUUGCAAGAAUGAAGGCAAAAGUUCAGAGACAAAACUCUGCAGGGUAUGGGGGAGCCUCUGAUCAUGUUGGAAACCAAGAGAUUUGUGGCAGUACCCCCUCGAACCCUGUAACGCAGUACUCACAAAUGAAUAACACAAGCCAGGAGACAUAUGUGUUAGCCCUCUCUCCUCCACAGUCACCAGGAGGAGAUGCACAGCCUGGAGAAACAGAUUUACCACAAGAUAGUAAUUCCAUCAAUCUUCAUAAAGUACCUGGAACACAACAUGAAACCUUUAAUAUGGAAUCAGACUCAUUUAUUAAGCAAUCUGUUUUACUUGAGAACAUACCUGAGGAGAUGAAAGCAAGGCAAAAGCAAAUGCCGGAGAUUCUUUCUAAAAGAAACAGACAGCCUUGUGUGCUGUGGGAUGAAGUGGUUCCUGAUGAGACAUUAGCCCAGCUUCCACGGAACCCCAUCACUUAUAUCAGCAGUUCAAGGGACAGAAAUAGAGGUGGUGGUGUUUUUGGUAAGAGGAGCAUUUCCGUAGAAAAGGAAAAUAAAGGAGACCUCCAAAUAGACACGUCCCAUAGUCCUGAGUCUGAUCUGAUUGAUCAGUCGGAGUGCACAGAAGUGGUCCCUGGACUCCCUCAGCCCCCUCAUUAUCUCCUGGAGGAUCCUCUACUGCAGCUCUCUCCUCGGGUGUUGAUCCCACGAAAGAAAGCGUCUGUGUUUCAGUCAAAUCAGCAAGCUAGACAAGCAGACGUAGCUCUAGAUGAGGAAACAAAUGCGAGAGGGAUUCAUUUAAGACACUGGGUUUUGAAACUGCUCAACAAAGACCUUGUUGUUGAUGGUAUUCGCGUAGAUACUAUGAUACCUUGGCACAGCAGUUUUAUCAUUGAAAGAAUCUCAAGUAAUGUUCUCAAGACGUCAUCUGGAAGAACCUACGUCCUCAUUGGGAAAAUGGCCAAACAUCCCAAUUCAUCAUUUCCAUCAUGGUUUUUGAAGAAAUUUCUCUUUGGGUUCCCAAAAAUGUGGAAGGAGUACCUGGAUCAGUUUUUGAGUUGUCAUAUGGGAUCACAAAAAAAUCAGGAUGACAGUGUGAAACCUUCCAAAUCUAAAAAUCAACAGGCCUCUAAAAACUCAACAUUCAAGCAUUCCAAAAUUCAGAGCGUUGUAACCUCUCCCAUCACUCCCACUGACAGCGUUCAGCAGGGCAGUGCAAAAGUUUCCCGCAGCGGCCGACUCAUCAAACCUCCACUGGAAUACUGGAAAGGAGGGAGGAUUGUUAUGGACUCUGACAUGAAUGUCACUGUUCAUGAGGACUACUCUACCUCAAUGCUGUCCACGCCAAAGAAGCCAGUAAGUAUGGCAACAUCACAAAUCACAGAGGAACAAUCAUCCAGGCCUGAAACUCUGGGAAGAGGGAGGCGUAACGCAUCUAGCAGUGAAGAUGAAUUGUCAGUACCACUGAGGAGGAUCAAACAUCGUUCCAACCCCCAAAGAAAGGUCCAGAGCAAUCCACCGCUAAUUGAGAGCAUAACACUAAAUAAACCUCCUAGAGCUCAGAAAGGACCCCUGGUUAUGGCCCUCAGCUCUAACUUGGGUCAUGGCAUGAAACAAAAAGCUAGUCGACCUCAAAGAGCCUCUCUGAGAAAGCAACAGUCAAGAGGAGAGGAAAUCGCUAUGUGUUCAGAGUCAGAAAUGAUGGAAAACACAAAGGUUGAUUCAGUGAAUGGUCAUUUUUCACCUAGGGAUGGAUCAGUGUCGUAUGAUGAGAAGGAAACAGGCUCUGAGAAGGAUCUAAGGACAAAGCACAAUAACAAGUCUUCCCAAAAGCAAAUUCAGGAUGAACCACAACCCAUACUACACGACAGUUCCUUACGCCGAAGCGCUCGGAUAUACUCCAAAGCACAGUACUCUACUGACUCAAACAGCUCAUUUGCAUCUCCAGACCCUCCAAAAAGGCAAAGAGGAAAAGGGUCCACAGACCAUAAACCGCUAACAAAACAUAAGACUGAGAAAAACUCUACCAGUCAUAAGGAACAAAAUCAACAGGACUCAGUGAGAGUUUUACGUAGACCAAAAAAGACCUCUCAGAGAAAUUCUAUUGAUUUUCCCACUGAUGAUGAUAAUGAAGAGAGAAGGCGACACGACAAGAAGCCUGCAUGUACGUUAUUGUUGAAGAGGACAAGACAAAGGAAAGCUAAAUCUGAACUUAAAACAAAGGGACACCUUGCGUCCUCAGAGGACAUGCAUUCUGAGCACUCAGAGGGUGAGGAAAGUGUUCAACACGCUGCUUCAAAUAACAGAAGAUCAAAGAAAUCUGAAACAGGAAAAGCAAACACUAGAAGCAAAAAGCCACACACAGAAAACAGAAAUAUGAAUGAACAAGAUGAGCUAUUGGAUGGAAAUUGGACUGAAGAAGAGUUACAAAAACUGCACGAGGCUGUCAACUCAUUGCCCAAGCACAAGAGUGGUUACUGGGCAAAAGUUGCGUAUAUUGUCAGCACUCGUUCGGCUGAAGAGUGUCAGGAACAGUAUAAUUCCAAUCAGAAGACCAACAAAAGACCCAGAAAAAGAGCUCAGAAAGCAGCAGCAACUGAUGAGCCAGGAAAGGAAAUAGUUGAAAUAACUGCUAAAGCCGGAACACUUAAAAGGAGACAGCAGAUGAGGCAUUUCUUGGACCACAUGCCCAAAGAUAACCAUGAUGACGUUUUUGCCAACUCACCAAUGCACAAUAAACAAAUCAAGUUGCCUGUGUUCGCUGCAAAUAGAGAUGAAGAUUUCAGCCUGCUUCAGAACCCUCAGACGCCGAGUUCUAGCAUUUCUACUGCUGCUAAAACCCCUCAGUGUCUGCACAUCAGCCCAGGAAUGCUGGGAUCCAUCAACAAGAAUAACAUGGACAAGUACAUUUACCAUCUUCAGAAGGGACGGAAACGGGGAAAAAAGGCUCCCCCAAUGGACAAGCAUACACCAACUCCAGUAGUAAAGAAGACGCUUAAGAGAUGUGUUGCUGAAGAUGAAGACUUUGUGGUGUGGAACAUGCUGUCAGAUAAAGACAUCCCAUCCAGAGAUGAUGACAGUGACGAGGAGGAUGAUUAUUUUAUGGACUACUGCUGAGUUUCACUAAAUUUCAGUGCUGUUAAUCACAUUAUUUUACAAUAUUUUAGCUUCCACUUUUCCAGUUGUUUUUAAGUGUGUUUUGGUUUGUCAAACACCAGUGCUCAUGAAACAUUUGCUAGCUCUAGCUUACAAAACAUCUCAAAUGAAGAUUUGUAAUUUGCCUUGUUUGGCCAGUUGUUCUACAAUGCAGUGUUUAUCAGUGAGUUGUAUAUAUAUAUUUUUUUUAAUCUGAAGUUCAAAUCUGUAGAUGUUAUACCAUAAUUCUGAUGAAAGAGGCUAAACUCAGCUCGGUAUAAAGAAAUGCAAAAGAAACAAGUUCUAAAUUCCUCUGGUGUGAAAGCAACAAGUUGAAAAUGCCACAUUUUAGAUUAUUUUAUUUGAUUAUAUUGUAAAUAAAUAUAUAAGCAAACACAAUGUAUGAACAAAUAAAAAUG